GAAAUAGUAAAUACCCGAGCGGUUAAUGGUUUCUGGCAAAAUGAGGAGAAGUUAAAUAGGCGUAAUGAGAUUGAGAAUUCAAAGGAAAAAUAUCUUGAUUAUCUUGAAAAAUCUACCUAUGAA